GACUUUUAAGCAGCGGUUUGAAGCCCUGAAAGGAAAUUUUUUGAUAGAAUUACUUUAUUUAUAUUGAACGUUAACGUGCUCAUCCUCCUUCUAGAUCCGAGCAGCCACUGGCUCGCGUCUUUUUCUGUCUGAUGUCACGAAAGCGACCAAUACCAGUAUCACUGCCAUCGAUACUUCCCUCCAGCGCAUGGAAACUGCCAUCGAUGCCGGAAACACACAGACAAGAGGUUUGCGAGAAGAGACGCGUGUCUUGGGAACCUUGCAAGCGCAAAGCGUGGAAAGGAUUCGUGCGGACAUUCAAGCACUUGACGGGGGACGGCUCUACAAGGGGAUGGUGCGGGACAUCCUUCCAGGCGAAAUUUAUCUCAGCAGGGGCUUUUCUCCCUCCUACUCCUGGGAUCCAGUAUUCAAUGAGUACUCUACCAACAUAGAAGGGCCCAAAAUUGUUCGUGUCUACCAAUCUAACGAUCGAGAAGCCAUGUGGCGAUUCCAAGCCGACUUGGAUCAGAGAUUGUAUCUUCGGCACCCGAAUAUUGAUCAACUGUUUGGAGUGUGUACUUCCCAGCAUUUUCCUGCCCUGGUAUUUCAUUCUGGAAGUCAUGAAAAGCGAAUGCCCAUUGACCAGUAUAUCGAUACCUUGAGCGCAUGAAAAGCCCUGCUUUUCAAUUCUCUUAUGGUGAAGGAUACGCGCUUUUGAAGUUUACUGAUCGAAUUUUGACGCGAGACUUCUAGUACUAUGACAUUGUGGUGCGGAAGGCUUUUUAGAGAGUUGUACAAACCAUGAAUGCUGCUUUUUAGGAGACG